UUUGCCCAUUAAAACAUAAUUUGUGUCUUGAUAAUAAUAUGCCUACUCCUGCAAGAUUUUUACCGCAUUUUGUCUCAUAUACGUGGAAUACUGUCUGUUCCGUAUAUUUAUUGUUUCUUUUCCCAAGAGGCAGCGUUACAAAGACCUGAACAGGGAGAAAAUAUCCCCAAUCGCCUGUGACAUCAAGAUCAAGAUUCACGCACCAAAUGUAAACAAAGUAAAAUAAAAGAAAGAAGAGUGUCUGGGCUCAACAGGAAGGGUGUCCGGCGCCAUGGAGGACAUCUACAGCCUCAAGGGCGUCCCGGGGGUGUGCGAGGAGCCCCUUGACCUGAAGGAGUAUUUCGAGCGGUACGCCCACGCCCUCGCCGCCUCCCCGCUGCAGGGCUCCAGGCUGGGCACACAGGAGGCUCUUCGAAAGUGUUUCCCACCUCCUCCUCCUGAUGGCACAGAAGACCCCUUUGACCUGGAGAAGCUUGAGGCAGCCUGCAGCCCAGACCUCCUGACGGUGAGGGACGAGCUGGGGCCGGGCACCGCACAGCUGCCGGCAAAAAAGUCUGGUCGCUUCCACAACUGGUACACAGGCUCAUUCAAGGACAUGUACAUUCCUGAAGGAGGUAAAGACACGCUGCACACUCUGGCAUCCCUGGCCGAGGAACACUCCCGGAGGAAGAAUAUUGCAGACUACGCUCAACUCAGGAACAGAAACCUCAAAUACUUCAACACACUGCGGCUGGUGGAAAACAGUGGAGGUUCCCCCGACCCACCUGUUGGUGCCAAGGAAGGGCUGCCAGAGGACCUAAAUGAGAUUGUGAUCAACGUGAGGGUGCACAGACCUUUCCACAAGAGGAUGUACGGCAACAAGUUUCAAAGCACCUUCCCCAAGCAUAGCCAGGAGCUGCUGCUACUUGGCUCUCAGAAGCUGACUGAGCUACGUGACAGCAUAGUGUGCAUCAACACCCUUGCUGUGGGCCAGGACCUGUCACCCCUCCCUGAGUACAAGAACAUCAAGUACAUCCCCACUGCUGUCACAGAGUUCCCUUCCAGCUUCAUAUACAUCAAUGGAGUCUUUUACAAUGACAUGAGGCAUCCCAGUGCAAAGGACUACAGUGAGGUCAUCAGGAAAUGGGCUCAGAAGAGGAGUGAGAUAGGCCCAUUGGUGACGAAGAGGAUGGAGGAUACGUGUCUAAGGGACUUGAAGCUGCGUCUGGGGUACCCAUAUGUCUUCCUCCACGUCGGCAACUGUGAGCACAUAGUGGUGUUCACUGAUGCCAGGAUGCUCCACAAAAGUGAUGUGCAAAAUCCAGCCCGUUACCCAGUCUCUUGGGGCCAGCCCAGAAAACUGUCUGCCCGCUGCCAACUUUGUUACCUCAACCUGGCCAACUGGAUAGCAAAGGGUGACCCAAGGCUGCCCUUGGAGUAUUCCCUUUUGUGUCAACGCUGCCUCAAGGCCUUUUGCUAUGACAAGUACGGCAAAAAGGAACACACGCUCAGAGUCUACCCAUUCAUGGAUGAGUUUGUGCAGCAGCAAAGAACAUAUGAAGUGCUUUAAGGAAACCUGUCAGUAUGGCAAAAGGUCCCACGCCAGCCAUCACAUCGUACAGGACAUCACCGUGUCGCAGCCGUCCCACAAUUCUGCCAUGCUCGGUUGAGAGGCGAGGGUUCCAGUACACCCGUGCAAAGUCCAUUGUAUAUGUGGACCCAUUUUCUUUC